GAGCUGCUCUGUAUGGCUUUAACCAGCGACUCUGAAGGAAAGACUAAAUAACUUAAGAGUAAAUGCUAACUGUACUGAGGUAAAGAAAAAGGCACGAUUCGGAUGUUUUCCUGAAAGAAACCGCAGAGCACAUUUUUAUAAUGGCAGACCCCAUUUUCCACAACGCCUCAACUCUAUUCAACACUGUGGCAGAAAUACAAAAUCCAAACCAAUCAACUACAAAGUGUGGCAAUCUCACUUUGAACGACGGCACACUUCGCCUCCCGUUAGCGGUCUUCUACUCGAUCUUCUUUGUGCUUGGCUUAGCUGGCAACCUGCUAGCUUUAUUGGUGUUCCUGCGACUACACUCCAGGAAGAAUUCAGUGCGCAUUUUUCUAAUUAACCUGGCUUUCGCGGAUUUGCUUCUCAUGAUCUGCCUGCCUUUCCGUGUGAGCUACCAUGCCAAUCAUGACAGCUGGAACUUGGAUCCUGUGCUCUGCAGGGUAGUGGGCAAUCUUUUCUACAUGAACAUGUACGUAAGCAUUACUCUGCUAGGGCUUAUUAGCAUAGAUCGCUAUGUGAAACUGCAGGGGGUCCCGAGCAGGCAGAGGUUCCUCAGCAGCAAGCAGAGCGCUCUCACAUGUGGCCUCCUCUGGAUAAUAUCUAUUCUCUGCAUAACACCACUGAUUGCCUUAGGAGGAGAUCAAAAACCAGCCAACUUGUGUUUCCAGUACAAACACCUUCACAAUGCCAAAUGGAAGGCCUACAUAAACACUGCUGUUGUGGUCCUUUUCUGGGUGGUCUAUGGAAUUCUGGUAACCUCGUAUUGGAAGAUAGGAGCAUGGCUACUUAAAGACUCGAAAAACAAGCCGGAUUUUCCGAAUGCUGCGAAGUACAGCAGAACAGCUCGGAAGUCCUUCUUUGUCCUCUUUCUGUUCACUGUGUGCUUUGUACCCUAUCACUUGGUGAGGAUUUUCUACAUCUACACGCAGAUCACUGAGGUUUCGUGUCGGUGGGUUCAGGUAGUUGACAAGAUCAAUGAAUUAUCUCUGCUGCUUUCUGCAUUUAACAGCUGCCUGGAUCCAGUCAUGUACUUUGUUCUGUGUGGCUCAGUCCGCAGGGUAGUACUGCAAGCUUUGAACAAACACCUCUGUGUGAAAACAUCUGCUGGCUCCACCAGCUCCAGCUAUGAUAAAGGAAGAAAUCAAAGGGAGCAGCCUACCCACAGUGACACCAGCAUGAUGUAAAGAAAAACUGUAAUUUA